UUAGCGUCAUAUCCCGUACGGCAUUGCCACGAGGUUGUCUACCGUUACUUUUUUGACAACGCAAUGUCCGGUGGUCUCGAGGUUCUCGCUCUUCGUGAGGAUGACGUCACCAAGUUGCUGGCCGCUCAAGCUCACCUCGGCACUCGCAACUGUGACGUCCAGAUGCAUCAAUAUGUCUACAAACGCAAGAAUGAUGGUGUGCAUAUCAUCAACGUAAAGAAAAUGUGGGAAAAACUGUUGCUGGCUGCUCGAGUUAUCUCGGCCAUUGAGAAUCCAUCCGACGUGUGUGCCAUCUCGGCUCGGCCGUUUGGACAGAGAGCCGUUUUGAAGUUUGCGUCUCAUACUGGUGCGACUGCUAUUGCUAGUCGUUUCACGCCUGGAGCGUUCACCAAUCAGAUUCAGGCCGCUUUUCGAGAGCCUCGUUUGCUUGUUAUUGGAGAUCCACACCUUGAUCAUCAGCCGAUCAAGGAAGCUUCGUAUGUUAACAUUCCCGUUGUUGCUUUCUGUAACACCGACUCGCCGUUACGUCACGUCGACGUUGCUAUUCCUUGCAACAAUAAUGGAGUGCAUUCGAUUGGCUUGAUGUGGUGGCUGUUGGCUCGUGAGGUUCUUCGUUUACGUGGCACCAUCAGUCGUGAACAUCCGUGGGACGUGAUGGUCGAUCUCUAUUUCUAUCGAGAUCCUGAAGAGGUGGAAAAGGAGGAGAAGGCAGCUCAAUUAGCUCAGAUGGAGGCAGAGCAGGCGCAAGCUCAAGCCGUACAGAGUGAGGAAGUGUGGGGCGGAGCAGAGGAGAUCGGCGACUGGGGAGCUGCUAAGCCGACGAGUGAUUGGGGAGCCGAGGCGACGACUACCACUCAACCUGCUGCUGGAAUGACCGUCGUGGCUCCAACGUUUGGUGCUACCACAUCGGCUGUACCAACGACCGACGACUGGGCUGCGAGUCCGACACAAGCGGACGCCGGGCAGGAUUGGGCUGCAGCGUCCGAGCAGGCGUCGUCCGAUUGGGCGGCUGCCACUCCAGUUCCGCCGGGCCAAGAAUGGAAAUGAGAACGUUGAUAGAACACGACAUGAGUGCAUUCUCGGAUUGUAGUUUUUUCGGUUGUUCAUGGCGAUCACAUGAGUAUUAUCCGGGAACUUGAAUGUAUUCCAAAAACUUGAAUCUAAUCCAGGAACUUGAAUGUGAUCCGGGAACUUGACUCUAA